UUUUGACCCAAACCCUCAUCUCCUCUCUACUGACUGUUGUCGGCUGUUCAUCGCGUUCACCGUCACGUGGUCUUCGCCGUGGGUCACAGGUCUGUGUAUAAGAGGCCAUUCAUCAUGGGGUUUGUUUCGUCGCAUGUGUAGUAGACCUGGCCAGCGCCGUUUUGCAAGUGCCUUGUAAAGGGAACUCGAAUGACACCUUAUCGUCCAUUUUUCGUAGUUCGAUUUCCAAUUGGUUGGUUGGUUUUGCAGGGAAAAUAGUGUAAUUUGUUCACGACCCAUCCAUGCCAAUUCAAGUUGUUCGAUGAUUUCAUUUUUUAUGAAUUUGGGCUAGGGCACGAAGGACCUACGGGGCUCAUAAAAUUAUCGUAUUUUUGGCCAUUUCCAUAAGCGAUCCAAUCCGAAUCGAAGUGGCGGUUUUUUAACACCCCUACCUGAAGAGGCCAUCUGUGGGAAAUUUCUUUCUCCAUCCAUCGCAGUCGCCGUCCACACUCUUCUGCUGGAGUUUCAUCUCUGGCAAUGAUUGGCAAGUCCCACAAGUGGUGGGGAAUCCCUUUUUGUAGCUGCACGACAGCAACCUAUGGUAAAAGUUUCGCGUGAAUUCACCCCGACGUCGGUUCAGCCUCAUCUGCACUAUGGGCUUCAUGGCGGCCGCAUAAGCAAACAAAUCCGACACCCAUGAUCGUCGGCGUUUCGAUAGUGACCCACUAGAACCUUCGCGGCAACGUUUCUCUCCGGGGAGUUUUGGCAUUGACCCACACUCCAAUUGUAGUUUUGGACUGGUUUGAAGGGAUUGAUUAAGGUUUACAGUUAAUUUUGGCUCUAUUAAAAACUACGUGCUGGUACACUAAAUUUCAGAGGAGAGGAACAUACAUUAGCACUUCUGACUCUCCAUGGACUCCGAUCAUGACCCUCUCAAGACACCAAGCCUAAGACAUAAAUGCUCAGCAUGCUACAAGCAAUAUAAGAAGAAAGAUCAUCUUAUUGAGCAUAUGAGAGUUUCAUAUCACUCUGUUCAUCAGCCUAGAUGUGGAGUCUGCCUAAAGCACUUCAAAUCAUUUGAAUCAUUGAGGGAACAUCUAAAGGGUCCACUUCCAAAAUCAAAUUGUUCAAAAAUUUUCUCGGAGCGAGGUUGUGGGCUUUGUUUGAGAGUACUUGAUGGUCCUGGAUCUCUCAGUGAGCACCAAAACAUUUGCUGCCUAACAGCACCUGUUCACCAAGGAAAUAGUCUAUUGCCUACUGAUUUAUCAGACUGUUAUGGUGAAGAUCGCUCUGAUCGAGGUCAUGGAGCAAUAGCUAUGGAUUGUGUAAUGGCUGGCGGUGGAAGUGAUGGCGCACUGGACAUUUGUGUUUGGAUCUGCCUUGUUGAUGAAGAUGAGAAAUUGAUUUUCAGUACUUUCGUACAACCACAAAUACCGAUCACGAACUAUAGGCAUGAAGUAACUGGGCUAAAGGAAGAACAUAUGAGGCAUGCCAUACCACUGAAAAAUGUCCAAGAAAAAGUAUUAAAAAUCUUGUUAAAUGGAGAAUCCAUUGAGAGAUUGAGAUUUAAUGGUGGUAAAGCUAGGCUUCUUGUCGGCCAUGACUUGGAGCAUGACUUAGAUUGCCUGAGAAUGAAUUAUCCCGAUCAUAUGUUAAGGGACACUGCUAGAUAUCAUCCAUUGAUGAAAACAAAUUUGGUUAGCCAUUCCCUCAAGUACCUUACUCGAGCAUAUUUGGGGUAUGAUAUUCGUCAGGGUGGGCACAACCCCUACGAAAAUUGUGUAUCAGUUAUGCGAUUGUACAAGAGAAUGCGUAGUCUUGAUCACCGUGGACAAGUUCCAUCGAUUGCUCCUCAUAUCCAGUAUGUUGCUCCUAGUCUUGAUUCCGUCAGUACAAAAGAUCUUGAGAAGAUGACUCCGCAUGAACUUUAUGAGAUGUCGAGAUCAAACUUUAAGUGUUGGUGUCUUGACUCAAGACGAGUAAUGCUGACUUAGGAGCUGACCAGUUUCUGUUGGUAAGAAAAGAGUAUUGAUCAUUGCGGUGCCGGCAAUUUUAGAUGGGUAAUUUGAUUUUUGAUGGAGUAUUUAGGUUGGUUCUGAAAGUCGGGCACUGUUUGAAGUUGUAAAAAUGACGGUUUUAGUUGGGAUUUUUUGAUCUCCACCUUUAAUUGGUUAUGUUGUUCAAGUUUGGUUGGAGGAAUGAAUCUUUAGAUUCCAUGUAAUUUGCUCCUGCUUUGUUGAUUAAAAAAAAAAAAAAAAAAA